AUGGCUUCCUCUGGAAAUCUCUCCCGUACUGUAGCUCGUGCUGCUGUUCAAGUCUCGGAGUCUUCCAUUCGUACUUCUGCAACAAGAUCCAGCAGACAUGAGCUCCAAGAGCGUUCUCUGUAUCUUUGGGUCUGGCCCGCACCCGUCAACUCUACAGAGAGGCGCUCAAUUCUAACGGCACUUCAACAAAAUGGCCCAGUCGAGUACUUUAAAUGGCUACCAGGCCAGGGUUCCAGCAAAGUCUUGGGUUCCAUCUUCAUAUCUUUGAUGAAAGAAAGCCAAGAUGCUGCCAAAGCUAUUGCUUCAAGCCCAAUCAGCAUUACGGUUCCCAAGUUCAGCACAGAGACAACAUCUAUUGUCAAGAUAGACGGCCGUAAAGCAGAAUUUCAGAAGCAAGACUCUUCAAAAGUAGGGAGUUCCGAAUUUGUCGUCGAAAUUUCCGAGACUCUCACAUAUAGACACGAACAAAGCGCCAAAAACUCACCUCUAACAAGGCCAUGGCCGGAGUUUGUUGUGAAGUCGCCAACACUUGCAUCAAAAACUCUACAACACUCUCUCCCUGACAGUAUCGCAGCCGUUGGCUUGAGGCACUGGGAUAUAGACCUGGGAGUACAAGAAGUGGCAGACAACAAAAGAUUUGAAAGAGAGCAGUUGCGCAACUGGCUCCCAAGCAAGAUAAAAGAUCUUCCUGCCAGAGCAAAAGCAGAACACGGUCAAAGGGGAACAACGCCCAUGGACGGUUCAGCAGGGGCUUCGACACAGACUUUUCCCGGAACUUUCAUUGGCAGCUUGAUAGAAAAUACGACGGAAGGGUCAACUGAGGUUUCCGCAAAAGAGACCACAGAGACUUCGACGGAGACCUCCGCAGAGAUCCCGACAGCGUCGUCAACACAAGAAGACUCCACAGAGGCUGCAACAGAAGGGUUGACGCAGAGUGUGGCAGAGAAGUCACCUGAGGAUCUAAAAGCCGGCAAUCAAUAG